ACUUCCUGUUUUCAUUUUUUUUUUCUCAUGUGACAUCUGAGAAAAUUAAUCUCGAAAGUAGGAAAGAAAACUUCAGUAUCGCCACGUCAAGAUUACAGCGCUAGAUAAACACCUGGCUGAAAUCCUAAAGACACCACUGAAUAACCAGAGCAGAAGAUAUCAGCCCAGCGUGAGUUUUCUUCAGACAUGGAGAGCAAAUAUAACUUGAAGAGUCCAGCUGUGAAGAGGCUGAUGAAAGAAGCAGCAGAGCUCCGGGACCCAACCGAACAUUACCACGCUCAGCCACUGGAGGAUAACCUGUUUGAGUGGCACUUCUCCGUUCGAGGACCUCCAGACUCUGAUUUUGAUGGUGGAGUGUAUCACGGUCGGAUUGUGCUGCCCCCUGAGUACCCCAUGAAGCCCCCCAGCAUCAUUCUGCUCACUCCCAAUGGACGGUUUGAAGUUGGGAAGAAGAUCUGUCUGAGCAUUUCUGGUCACCAUCCAGAAACAUGGCAGCCAUCAUGGAGUAUUCGGACAGCUUUGAUAGCAAUCAUUGGAUUCAUGCCAACUAAAGGUGAAGGAGCGAUAGGAUCUCUGGAUUACACUCCUGAGGAGAGAAGAGCUCUCGCUAAGAAGUCUCUGGAUUUCUGCUGUGAUGCGUGCGGCAGCUGUAUGCGCUCCGCUCUGCUAGCGCUCUCUCCUGACAGUGACCUCCGACCUGUUGACCCUCAGGCACACAGACUGGCACAGCAGAUCAACUUCAAGGCUGAAUCCAGCUCCUCUGCGGACAGCGGCAGUUCAGUGGCAGCGGCUUCGAGUAACGGCGAGAGCUCAGCUACAGAAGAGAGAGACGCAGAAGAGCCGGCAUCCUCUGAGCAGGUGAGACAAACACCCCUGCGCUCUCACAGGACUGAAUCAUCAUCAUCAUCCUCAUCAUCUGUGGCUCCUCCGGCAUCAGGCGAGGGUCUGUCUGUUCCAGCGGCUCCGAGUCCACGUCAGCGGCGCUCACAGAACCAGAGCCAGUCCCCGAGAUCCCCGGCGUCCCCCGCCGCUCAGCUCCCCCCGCAGGACCCCAGUCACACGGGCUCGGCCGUCCUCAUCGUCCUCCUCACACUCGCGCUAGCUGCGCUCAUUUUCCGCAGGAUCUAUUUGGCUCAUGAGUAUAAGUUUGAUUAUGAACUAUGAACUCUUCACCACUGUGGUUCUGCCCUCGUCCAGGUCCAGCUCACCCUCGCGCUCAUGUUUCGUGUUUCGGGAGGGGAGCAGAUAUCUGGAUAUAUUCACACAACAAAAACUGGAGGGGCAAAUCUCAGUAUGUUAGUCAGGAACACGUCAUGGUCUGAUUUCAACCCCAAAAAAUGCUAAAGUAUAUUUCACAAGAAGACAGUCAAGUCUGUAUUUGGACCAUUAAGAUUUUUUUUCCACUCAAAAAUGCAAUUCUUAUUACUGUUAUGUGUUCUUAAUACUGUUAUUAUAUGCGUACUAUUUUAACUGUAAAGUAUUUAUGCAUCAUGGUAGUAAUAGCACUGCCUUUUAAUUUAAGACUUUUUUUUUUAAGACUUUUUUUUGUGAAAAGCAGCUCAUCUGCACACAUUACAGUAAUGAGAUUGUGUUGCAUGUAUUAAGAGUUUGGGCGUGAUGUUCCUGCUUUCUUAAUGCAAAAUCAAUCUAAUUCAUAAAAUUGAAUUUCAUUUUGGGGUGAAAUAUGACCAAGACAUGUUUAUAAGUGGCUUGUUUUCAGAUCCUGCGAUUUAUUGUUUGUAUACGGUGUCCCAAAUAAUGCAUUAAUGAAAGGCUGUUGUUACAAAUCGUACAAAAUUUGGUCUUCGACUGAAACAAACAGAAAAUCUGAAGCCUGUAGAGAUGGAAUUGCUUCUGUUGUGUGUUUGUCUAUCCCAAGAUUAAACAUUUACAUACUUGCUGUA